AUGAGCUCACCCGCUGCUCAAAUACCCAGCCACCCAGCCAGCCGGUCACCCAGCCUCGUAAACUACCAGCCACCCAGCCAGUCACCCAGCCUCUUAACCUGCCAGCCACCCACCCAGCCAGUCAGCCAGGCAGCCUCCCAGUGCAUGAAGGGACCCAGGAACUUACCCGCACCCACAUCCAUCGAGCAGCGGCCACCCCUGCCGUGUCCUAGCUCUCCCGUGUUCCUGUCCUGUCGUGUCCCCGUGUUCCAGCCCUGCCGUGUCCUUGCCCUCCUGUGUCCCAGUCCUGUCCCGUUGAAGUCCUACCCUGUUGAAGUCCUGCCCGUUCCAACUCUCCCCUGCCCCAGCCCUGCCACAUCCCAGCCCCUCCCUGUCCAAGCUCCACCCCGUCCCAGCCCCAACCCGCCCCAUACCGUCCCUGCCCUGCCACAUCCCAGCCCCACCCCGUCCCAGCCCAGCUCAGCCCUAGCCCAGCCCCUUCCCAGCCCCAUCCCACCCCGUCCCAGCCUUCCCCUGCCCCAGCCCGUCCCAGCCCUGCCACAUCCCAGCCCCACCCAGUCCCAGCCCAGCCCCGUCCCAGCCACACCCCGCGUCUCGUCCCUCGCAACACGGGCAGGUGACCUCGUGCUCUCCUCGCCUCUCAGGGACGUUCGCCUAUCACCCUCUGGAGCUGAUUACACGUGUUAUCUCUGCCUCGUCCGUGUCCGUGGCGAUACAGGAACACGUGUUUAUAAUGCAAAGUGUGAAACCUUCCGCGUCCUCAGCCUGUGUGGGGAGGGCGGGAGGGAGGAGGCAGUUCCUGAGGACAUUCACCAACACAAGGUACACAGCCACAUCAGACCUACACUGAACUUAGAGGCCGGCCAGCCUGCCACACUGGCGACGCUGCGCAGACUGAGGUAA